AUGGUUGGCAUUACGAAGCUGAUCGUAGUCGGCUUACUUGGCCAUGUGUCCGCCAUAUCAAACGCAUCAUCAAAGCUUUGGUAUGGCAACCCCGCAGGCAAUUUCCAGGAAGCAUUGCCGGUAGGUAAUGGCCGGCUUGGUGCUGUUGUUUUUGGAACCAUCGCAGAGAAAGUCGUCUUGAACGAGGAUUCCGUUUGGAGCGGCGGUUAUCAAGAUCGUGUCAACCGCAAUGCCCUUGGAUCAUUUCCUAACGUGGUGUCAAAUCUCAACAACGGGGAUGUUAGUUCGGCAGAUAGCCUUUGGAACUCCGACUUGGUAGGAACACCGUCUAUAUCGAGAAUUUACCAACCUGUUGGAAACAUGAUCUUGAAUUUUAACCACGAUGCGUCGCUUGUCUCGAACUAUAAUCGAACGCUAGAUCUGAAGACUGCAAGCAAUGUGGUUUCAUACCAGAUAAAUGGGGUCAAAUAUACUCGUCAAGCUAUCGCCAACUAUCCCAGAGGUGUAAUCGGUUUCAGGUACACUGCCGAUCGCCCUAAAGCCCUGUCCUUUACCAUCUCGUUAAGUCGAGAUCAAGGCGUAAGAAGUUUGGAUGUAAAUGUGUCAAAUCGUUCUAUCACACUCAAUGGCAAAGCACCGGCCGACUCGGGUUUGGACUUUGCUGCCAAGAUUAAAAUUGUCACAAGCACUGGCACGGUAACGUCCACCACAACUGCCUUGACGAUUACAAAUAGUCAAGUUGUAGAAAUAUACUUUGACGCCGAAACUGCAUUCAGGUAUCCAUCCGAGCAGCAAUGGUGGAACGCAAUAGACUCGAAAAUCGACGGGGCAAUAUCUGCUGGGUGGUCAUCAUUUUAUAAUGAAUCCAUAACGGACUACCAAAAUCUAUACAAUCGCGUUUCCCUAGAUUUAGGGAACUCUGGAACCGUAGGAACAGCCGAGACUGGCACCCGUCUGUCAAACUGGAGAUCGCAAGGGGGUGUCAACUAUGAUCCCGAACUUCUAACUCUUGCCUAUAACUACGGGAGAUUUCUUCUCAUCGGAUCAUCUCGCCCCGGUAGCUUGCCAGCAAACCUCCAAGGAAUUUGGAAUGAUAAUUUUGAUCCGUCUUGGGGCUCGAAGUUCACAAUCAAUAUCAACAUACAAAUGAACUAUUGGCCAGCUGAAACAACAAACCUUGGAGAGACCUCUAUGCCGGUCUUUGAUCAUCUGAAACGAAUGCAAAGUCGAGGGCAGGAUGUGGCGAGAACGAUGUAUGGGGCUGGGGGAUGGGUCUGCCAUCAUAAUACUGAUCUUUGGGGCGACUGUGCUCCACAUGAUAGCGAUACGCUCUGGUCUGCAAACCCGAUGGGCGGUGCCUGGCUUAGUCUGCAGUUGAUCGAGCAUUACCGAUUUUCUAGAGACAACAACUUUGCAGCAAAUGUUGCAUUGCCCAUACUAAGUGAUGCUCUAUCAUUCUUUUAUGAUUUUCUCAUCCUUAAGCCCGAUGGAUACUACGCAACAGGCUAUGCUGCAUCUCCCGAAAACCAAUAUUACAUUCCUGCGAACAAGUGCACUGGUGGUGCCAUUGCAGGUUUAGAUCAUGGAACUGCUCACGACCGGCAAGUCCUUUAUGAGCUCUUCAAAGGUUUUGUCGAGCUUUCGGAUGCUCUCGGUAGUACUGCCGGCGUUUCACAAGCGAAGGAUUAUUUGUCAAAGAUCAAACCUCCGAUAGUUGGAAAUAGUGGUGAAAUACUAGAAUGGUCAGGCCAAUAUGCUGAAAGGGAACCAGGGCAUCGACAUUUGUCUCACCUUGUUGCAGUGUACCCUGGCUCGCAAAUCAGUCCUCUGCUUAACACCACACUCUCAAACGCCGCAUUAGUCAGCAUCAAUAGACGUAUGGAGGCUGGAAGUGGGAAUAUGGGUUGGUCUCGCGCAUGGGCCGCUGGAAUAUAUGCCCGACUGCUACAGGGCAAUGAAGCUGUGUCCCACGUCUUGUACCUCGUGUCUUCUUAUCUCUCGAACAAUUUGUUUGAUUUGAACACGUCGGUAUUCCAGAUCGACGGAAAUCUUGGCUUGGUUGCCGCGUUCACAGAAGUCUUGCUCCAGAGUCACGCUGGUGUUGUGCAUUUGACGCCUGCAUUGGCAAAUAAUGUGUUAGCAGCAGGUAGUGUUAAGGGAUUAGUGGCUCGAGGGAAUUUCGUGGUAGAUAUCACAUGGGCUAAUCAUGCUUUAUUGACGGCGACCGUGAGGUCACAGAUUGGUGGAAUGUUGGCACUGAGGAUCGCAGGAGGCACGACCUUCUCUGUCGAUGGUGUGAGGUAUAGUGGGCCAAUAUCUACGAUAGCGGGAAGGUCUUAUUCGAUUACCGUGUAG